AAUAUGUCAAACUCAAAUAAAAAUUGAUUUUGAUUUGUUAUCUUACCGAAAAAUAUUAAUAUUUAUCGUAUAGAACCAAUGCAGAAACUUUUGUAACAAUUUUCCAUAUUAUCUUAUCAAAAGCUAGUUACAGCUUCAAAUAUGAGCGACGCGCAAAAUGGAGAAUGUGAUAUGCUCAAAGCUCUGUAUGAUUUCGAAGCAACAUUAGCGAAGACGUUAAGUUUUACAGAAGGUGAAUAUUUUUACCUUCAACAAACCAACACCAAACAGCGAAACUGGUGGCAUGUUGUUAACAGAAAAGGUCAUGUGGGUUUCGUUCCGUCGAAUUACGUGGCCUCAGUCAAGGCAGAGCCAGAGUUUUUUCUGGCGUUCUUAAACGAUUGUAUAAAAAAUCUUAAUGAGAAUCAUACAAUGUCAUCACAGAAACAGGAGACAUUAGCUAGAUUAAUUGAAAAGAAGAAGGAAGCUCAAUUAUUAGUUAAGCCACCAUCUAAAAAGCCUCCAGCACCUAAACCGCCACCACGUUGGGAUGAUUCUACUCCUAAUGGUGUAUCUCCAUCAUUUGACUUGAGGCCUGUUGUUUCUCAGCAACAUGUCUCUGAAGAAUAUGAUGCACCACAAUCUCCAAUAAAAUCUACAGAAAAAACAUUACAAGACAUAGAGGAAGAUAGGAAGAAAAACAAUGUGCCAAAGACUUCUAAUCAGCUCUCUUCUGACACUGACAACCAGGAUGACAGCCAGGACAGUAGUGAGAGCAUAAAACCAAAUGCUAUUUAUGAAAUUGUACAAGCAGUACGCAAGGAAACUCAAUUGAGCCAUGAAAUGUCUAAAGUUGCUGUGGAAACUGUGCUUAUAUCAUUAAGGGAAUUUCUUCCCGGUGGAGCAGCAAGAUCUAUUAUCGAUGCAUUACUUCGUGAAGCGAAUAGCAACAUAACAUGCCCUAAGAAUGCGAUUGACGCCGCGCCUGACGCGCUACGAAUGAUGACAGCACUUAACGCAUUAUCUAAAGCAGCUAACGAUGCACAACAGAGAGGCUGGGCGCUACAUGACGAUGCACAUGAUAUACAAACACAAUUAUUAGAACUUAUAUCUGUAAUGUCAAAUGCAGACAUUAACAUAUCGCAGCAUGUGCUCAGUAGCCAUAGAUAUGCGUAUGUCACUACCUUGGUGCAGUACUACCAGAUGGAGACAAGAUGGCCGCUGCGACAGCUUUUAUUACAGGCAUUCGGUGUGAUGUGCGGGCUGGAGCGCACGGCGCUGGCGACGCUGGCGCUGUCGGCGCUGCCGGCGGAGCUCGCGCGCGACAUGCGCGACAACCCGCGCGCGCUCAGCCGCCUCUCGCACUCCGCGCUGCUGCUCUCCAUGCUGCUCUCCAUGGCCGACAAGCUGCCGGUCACACACUUCGAGCAACUGGGCGUAGAGUUUGCUCAAUUUCUACUGGAUCUGAUUGAAAACCCCCCGGAGACAGACGUGGACGAGCAGAUCCCGGAUCUGUUCCUGACGCUGCUGCUGGCCUACAACCUGCAGUUCGACAACCCUCACGAGAACCUUCUGCUGGAUGCGCUCGAGACUCAAGAUAAUGCAAAAACAUUCUGCGAGAAAGUUCUCCUCUUGUUAAACCGCGAAGAGGACCCGGUGCAUAUCUUCGACCACGAGCCGGCGCCGCCGCACGCCGUGCUGAAGCUGGUCAUAGACCUGUUCAGCCGCAGCAAGACCGCGCACCACUUCUACACCAACGACGUCAAGGUCGCCAUCGACAUCAUCGUGCGCCAGCUCGCCGACCUCUCGCCUGGAGACAACUUAGAUAAAAACUAG